CCGCGCCCGGACCGGGACCCUCACAUUACGUAACGCAACACGCACAGCACGGCGCACAAACAAUGUGAUUUUAUUUUCUUGAAUUUUUCUACUGUUUUUGAUUAUACAAAUUUUAGGAUUAGUAUCGUGAUAUUUAGUUAAGUGUCGCGCGACUUUAAUUUCGCUAUCGUUUUAGAUGUGUAGUGUAGAAUAAUGUUUGAUACUACUUGUAACUGCAGUUUUGUUUUGGUGAAAAUCUAUCGUGAAUUGCGCAAUUUAUAAUAACCAUGGACGAGGAGAUUGAAAGUCGUCGACGAGUGAAUCUUGAACUUGGACUCUCGGAAACAAGGCAGUGGCUUGUGUGAAAUUGAUCGAUCGGUUUAGAAAACUUUCUAAAAUGUUAGUAAAUUAAUAAUGCAGAAUAAAAACAGAAGCAAUACGUAGAAACAAUGAAGACGUACAUUUUGAGGAAACUGAAAUAUAAAUUAUGAAUAUUGAUUAAAAUUUUCAUAAAUAGUCUACCCUUAGUACCUUCAGCAGUUCUUCCUCAUUACACAACAUGACGAUGGAACGUCAGCGCGGGGAGCGCGACUACAUCGGGUUUGCAACACUGCCAGAGCAGGUGCACCGCAAGUCGGUGAAGCGAGGCUUCGACUUCACGCUCAUGGUGGUCGGCGAGUCCGGGCUCGGCAAGUCCACGCUGAUCAACAGCCUCUUCCUAGGAGACCUGUACAAGGGUCGGAAAAUACCAGACGUCCAAGAUAGGAUAGAGAAAACCACAUCUAUAGAAAAGAAAACGAUGGAAAUAGAAGAGCGAGGCGUCAAGUUGCGUCUGACUAUAGUCGACACGCCAGGCUUCGGAGACGCCAUUAACUGCGAAGACUCGUGGAGAACUUGCUCGGGCUACAUCGACGAGCAGUUUCGGCAAUACUUCACAGAUGAGAGCGGACUCAACCGACGACACAUGCAGGACAAUAGAGUGCAUUGUUGCUUAUACUUCGUCCCACCAUGGGCUCACAGUGUAAGGCAGGUGGAUAUGGAGAUGAUGAGACGACUUCACCGAAAAGUGAACAUCGUGGUGGUGAUAGCGAAAGCCGAUUCGUUGACGGCGGCAGAAGUCAAACGGCUUAAAGCGAGAAUACUGGCUGACCUUGAGGAUCAUCAGAUACAGGUGUAUCAGUUCCCGGAAUGCGAUAGCGACGAGGACGAAGAGUUUAAGCAGCAGGACCGCGAGCUGAAGGCCGCGGCGCCGUUCGCGGUCGUAGCAGCCGACACCGUGCUCGAGGUGGGCGGCAAGCGCGUGCGCGGCCGCCAGUACCCCUGGGGCAUCGUUGACGUGGAGAACCCUCGGCACUCUGACUUCACGAAGCUCCGCACAAUGCUGAUCUCCACGCACAUGCAGGACCUCAAGGACGUCACCCAGGACGUGCACUACGAGAACUUCCGCGCGCAGUGCAUCUCGCAGAUAUCGCAGCACGCCAUGCGAGAGCGCGGGAAACUGAAGAGGGAUUCGAUGGGCAACAAUAGCGAAGUAGUAAUUACGGACACGGACAGACUGCUGCUGCAAAAGGAUGAGGAGAUAAGGCGAAUGCAAGACAUGCUCACUCAGAUGCAACAGAAACUCAAAGCUUCCGACAAGAAACACGACAGUAUUAUAGAUGUAUAAAUUAUAGACUGCAAAUGUACCUCUAGAGUAGUGUUACAAUCUAUUUCACUUAUGUUCUAAUAAAAAUAUUAAGAACCUCUUUAGAAAAAUUUGAUGAAUUUAGAGUUUUGGACAUGUUUUGUUGGUUUGUUGUUAAUAUCAGGAAGUCUAUUUGACUAAAAUGUACAGUAAGUGGUUUAAAGAAAAUUGUAGUGUAGAUACUUUCAACACAAGAUCACAGCAAUCAAUAAAUAUGAGUUUACCUGUACUGUACAUUACCUAUUUAUUUACAUUAUAUGUUGCGCUUCUUUUUGAGAAUCUCGUAAUAAAAAACUUGUACCUAUAAUUCAUCUCUGAAACCUAUUGGUCAUGUAUUUCAUAUUAUUUGCAUGUAGCAUAUAGCAAGUAGCAAACAACCGCACAGUACUUUAUACCUAGAAUACCUACUCGGUAAAAUCGCUAUGUUAAAUUGUACGUUAUCGAUGCCAGAUUCUUAUCAACAAAGGCAACUUUCGUUUUUUUAUCCUUUGCGCAUCACAUCAACACGAAUUACUAGAAUGCCAUUGCUCACGCAAUUUAACAUACGAGUGACGCUUAAUAUGAAUAAGCAACAUCGUUAAUAUAAGCGAGGUCCAUUUAUCUGUCCGUCGUUCAAAUUUAAACCAAAGUUAAUAUAUAUGAUAGGAUGGGGAGAGCACUAUGUGCACAAGUAGUAAUUCAGUAGUACCUCAAUGCUAAAGUAUCAAAAGACUAACGUUAAAUUUUAUUUGUUAGAUAAAGCUUUUUCAAUAAAUGCCUACUAACGUUUAUUUCGACAAGUUUACUAAGAUUUUAAAUUUUGUAUCGAUGUAAUUGUAUUAAUAUUAACAGUAAAUUGAUACUUUACUUAAAGAGAA